GCGGCGAGCAGAGAAGCAGGAAGCGGAGAAUAGCGAAGACAGGCAGCCAUGGGAGUGGACCUGGAAACUAUCUCACCCGGAGACGGUAGGACAUUUCCAAAGAAGGGCCAAACAUGUGUAGUCCAUUACACAGGGAUGUUACAGAACGGGAGGAAGUUUGACUCAUCCAGAGACCGAAACAAGCCUUUCAAGUUCAAGAUUGGGCGUCAGGAAGUGAUCAAAGGCUGGGAGGAAGGAGUUGCACAGAUGAGUUUGGGCCAGAGAGCAAAGCUGACCUGCUCCCCUGAUGUUGCCUACGGAGCCACAGGGCACCCCGGAGUCAUCCCUCCCAAUGCCACUCUGAUCUUCGAUGUUGAGUUAAUACGGAUAGAGUAGACUACGUCUGGAGAAGGGCCGGCCAACGAUCUCCAAACACUACCGCCAUCCACUUCCUUAAGAGACCUCCUUACUGCUGAAGAAAACCUUUCCCACCUAGACUCCAACAGCAAGAGGGGGAACAAGUCUUCAUAUUUAACCCUAGUGCUGCCAGAGCAGAUAGCUAAGGGGAACAUGACUGGCAACAAGGGGUUCUAGGAAAUGUAACAGGGCUACCUUUAGGUGAAGAGCAGGAGACCUGCGGUGCUCAGGUCUUUGUAUUCCAACUAAAUAUAUUAAUGUAGUUCCCAUACUAUUCAUCACCAGUAAAGGGACAACUGACAUUGUGGUUUUAUCCUAUUCAUUUUGUUAUUACUUAAUUGUAGUGGUGAAGUGAAAGCAGAGACCGCAGGUGGCCUGCCACCUUGAAGUAGCCCAACCGUCUGCAGCUAAAAGUGGCAGUCCUUCAUUAUGGGUGUGAAUCCAAUUGGCCAUCCCAAGAGCAGAGUGAAAUCCAUGAGUGCACUUGUCCAUGAAUAGUCUGAUAUUGGGAGUUGCCCACAACUUGUACUUUCUGCUGGUUUAGGAAGGGUUUGUACCAAGCCAUAUACAGUAUGAAAGGUGAUGUCCUUCAUAUAUGUCCUACAGAGUUUGCCUCCAAGUCCACUUGGCUGACAUCUUUCUGUUCUAUCCUUAGUAUAUUUGGGAGUUGUACAUGUAGUCAAGAAAUAUGGAGCAUUUUUAUGUUUCUUUCAAUGGCACAAGACCCUUAGACAUAUAUUGAUAUAUACAGACACUAGCAAGUUGAGCUUAGAGAAUGGGCGGAGCUCCAGGGCUGUUUUUAUAUAAUUCCAGGGCCUGGUUCCAAAUAGGAAAGGGUAUCAUUGUCAGCUUCUUGCCCUACUGAUCCUGACUUGCUUUGCCUCUCCACACUCUGCUCGGCCUAUCUGUGUUCGAGGCCCUUGUCAGCUGGCCCUUUUUGGAAUCCACCACAAGGACUGCCCCUUUAAGAUGCUCAAAGCAAAAGAAUCAAGCUUUGUUUCAGAUAAGCCCACAUCUACGAUUCUUCCCCUGAUCUUGGCCUCUGCCCAGGAGAAAAAAAAAAAAUCUACCCCACAGCUAGGGGUAAACACAUUGCUGUUAUUGUAAUUUUACUUUUUUUAAAAGUUGUGUCUGUGUUUUUGUCUUGAAGCUUAAAGCCUUGUUGCUUUCCAGCAAAACAAAAUGGGGAAGGUGAGGGGUGGGGGUUGCAGAAUGGAAUAAACAGCAAGACUGGCUACAGCACUCUAAGUUGUACAUUUUCUAUAAGCCUUCCACUGCCGGAAGGGCCAGCCUUGGCUCACAGGGCCACCGUAGGGCCCCUCCGGCAGGGAGGCGGGGUUUUAAUUUGCAUGUGACAUGAUUCACACUUAUAAAUCAAAAGAAUGAUCUCAAAAAAAAAAAA